CAUGUUGAAUUUACACAACAUUCUUCACGUUGCUAAAACAAGCGGCGCGUGGGUCCAUCACACGGUGUUGAAUACAAUUAACCAGUAAACUAUUCAAAGAUCUAACGGCGACUGUUUGACUCUUCACUUCCCAAUACACAUAAAUAAAUAUCAAGCGGCAAGUACUCACAUAACAUACACACACCCGUUAACUGUAAACUGUACAUCAUAGCGCACGUUAGCACCAUGCCGGAAAUCGACACCAGAAGCGGUUACUGCAAAACAAAUUCCACCUUCUACAGCAAACGGAAACCAACACCGUUUCCGGCGAACGAAACACUCGAUGUAACCACCUUCAUCUCGGCGCGUGCACACAACGGCACCACCGCCUACAUCGACGCAUCCACUGGAAACCGCCUCACAUUCGCCGACGUAUGGAGAGCGGUGGAAUCCGUCUCAUCGGCGUUAUCCGAUUUUGGUAUCCGUAAAGGCGACGUCGUUAUGCUCCUCUCACCUAACUCCAUCUUCUUCCCGAUCGUAUGCCUCUCCGUAAUGUCACUUGGCGCCAUUAUCACCACCACAAAUCCGCUUAACACGAACCGUGAAAUCAACAAACAAAUCUCCGAUUCAAAGCCAGUACUCGCUUUCACAACUUCCGAACUCGUUUCGAAACUUUCCGAUUCGAAUAUUCCGAUCGUACUGAUCGGAUCUGACACCGAAACCGGUAAAAUCAGUAAAAUCGGUAAGAUCGUGAAUACGUUGGAUGAAAUGAUGAAAACGGAACCGAAUCGCAACCGGAUUAAGGAGCGAGUGACGCAGGAUGAUACGGCGACGCUUUUGUACUCAUCCGGCACCACCGGAGCGAGCAAAGGCGUGAUUUCAUCUCACCGGAAUCUAAUCGCGAUGGUUCAAACGGUCAUCGGACGGUUUCAGCUAGACGAUAAUCAACAAACGUUCCUCUGCACCGUUCCGAUGUUUCACAUCUACGGAUUAGUAGCGUUCGCAACCGGAUUAAUCGCGUCAGGAGCGACGGUUGUGGUUUUGUCUAAAUUCGAGAUCCACGAGAUGUUAUCGGCGAUCGGACGGUACGGCGUGACAUACCUGCCGUUGGUUCCGCCGAUACUGGUGGCGUUGGUGAACAACGCCAGUCAAAUUAGGUCAAAGUACGAUUUGAAAACGCUAAAGUAUGUGUUAUCUGGUGGAGCACCGUUGAGUAAGGAGUUGACGGAAGGUUUUAUGGAGAAGUAUCCUGGAGUGACGAUUAUGCAAGGAUAUGGAUUGACGGAGUCGACUGGAAUCGGUGCGAGUACGGAUACGGUGGAGGAGAGCCGGCGGUACGGGACGGCGGGGAAGUUAUCGGCGAAUAUGAUAGGGAAGAUUGUGGAUCCGGAUACCGGAAAGGUGUUGCCGGUGAAUCGGACGGGUGAGCUUUGGCUUAAGGGGCCCACAGUGAUGAAAGGUUACUUUAGUAAUCCGGAGGCAACCGCGUCUACUUUAGACUCAACCGGAUGGCUAAGAACGGGAGACCUAUGCUACAUUGAUGAAGACGGGUUCAUCUUCGUGGUCGAUAGAUUAAAAGAGCUCAUCAAAUAUAAGGGGUAUCAGGUGCCUCCAGCAGAACUCGAAGCUUUACUACUAACACACCCUGAAAUCGACGAUUGUGCUGUGAUCCCGUUUCCUGACAAGGAUGUAGGGCAGUUUCCGAUGGCGUAUGUGGUGAGGAAAAAUGGAAGUGGUCUAACCGAAAAGGGCGUUAUGGACUUCGUUUCUAAACAGGUGGCUCCAUACAAGAGAAUAAGGCGAGUAGCCUUCAUCGGGUCGGUCCCGAAGAACCCGUCUGGGAAGAUUCUGAGGAAAGAUCUGAUACAACUUGCAACUUCCAAAUUGUAAGAAAGAAUAUGACGAUACAUGGGCUUUUUGAGAUGCAAGAGGCAUCGUUAGAAUCUUACGAGUCUAGCGUAUCUAUAUAGCUUGACUCGUCUAUAGUUGUAUUUUUUUUUUUUUUUUUUGAUGAAUAAUGUGCAUUUCUUUCUUUAACGGUAUUUCUCUUUGUAUAAUAUUUCAGUGUUCUUUCUUUAAUGGUGUUUCUGUUUGUAUAAUAUUUCAGUUUUAAGCUA